AUGAGCGACUCGGCGGGCACCACAGCGCCAAAACCAAGCAGCAGCGUCAAGCUCGUGCUGCUUGGUGAAGCUGCCGUAGGGAAGUCUUCGCUCGUACUGCGCUUCGUAAACGACGACUUCCAGCCCAACAAGGAGCCCACCAUCGGCGCCGCCUUCCUCACGCAGAAAUGUCAGCUUCCGUCCCGGACGAUAAAAUUCGAGAUUUGGGAUACCGCCGGCCAGGAACGCUUCGCCAGUCUGGCACCCAUGUACUAUCGCAAUGCGCAAUCGGCCCUGGUUGUGUACGACAUCACCAAAGCGAGCAGUCUUAUCAAAGCAAAGCACUGGGUUGCGGAACUACAACGACAAGCCUCACCUGGAAUCGUAAUCGCUUUGGUUGGUAACAAGCUCGAUCUCUGCGAGGACGAUAACCCCGAUGCGGAGCCACAAGAGGGAGAGGAGCAGGAAGAGGGCGAGGAGACGGGCACAGUGCGGAAAGUCAGCAGCCAGGAAGGCAAGAAUUAUGCCGAUGAAGAGAAUCUGCUGUUCUUCGAGACGAGCGCCAAAUCUGGGCACAAUGUCAGCGAGGUAUUCACUGCCAUUGCGAAUGCUAUUCCCGAGACGAGCCUAAAGGGUCCACGAGGAGGUGGUGCUGGUGCUGGGACACAGGCGGCGAUCAAUGCCGGUCAAGAUAACAGCAGGGUCAAUUUGAAUGCAGGUGGAGACGCUGGACCCAAGGAGGGCUGCGCAUGUUGA